AUACCGACCACUUUUCUCCCGUCAAUGAAGAACAAUUUACUAGAUUUGUUCUCGAUCAUUCAUCUUAUGCUGUGUCUCUCAUAGCAAAUCUUUUACAGCCUCAUAAAUUUGUUGACGCCGCCAAAAUGCAAUGGACAACUCUGGGGGCUGUCCCAUUAGCUAUCUUACUCUGCUGGCUCUACACAAUCAUGGCCCAGCGCUCUUUUCCUACGCUCACCAAUAAGCGCAUUGUUCUGUUGAUUGCACAUCCCGACGAUGAAGCAAUGUUCUUUGCGCCGACCCUGUUAUCAUUGACAGAGCGAAGUAAAGGGAAUCAUGUCAAGAUCCUAUGUUUGAGCAGCGGGAACGCCGAUGGACUAGGAUCCAUACGCAAAAAAGAGCUAGUCAAAAGCGGACUGCACCUCGGUCUACGGAGCGAGGACGACGUCUUAGUUCUCGAUGACCCCAACUUCCCGGACAGCAUGACAAUCAAAUGGUCUCCUCCGCUUAUAAGCUCAAUCCUCAAUGCAUUCUUCGUCCCGUCAUCUGGAUCCUCAAAAUCCAAAUCAGCCAGCUCUUUUGCACAGUCGUCAAGUCCACCUACUCCUUCCAUUGACGUAAUCAUAACGUUCGACGCCCAUGGCAUAUCUUCCCACCCAAACCACAUCUCACUGUACCAUGGGGCACGGCAUUUUCUGAGUAGCCUCAAGAGCACUCACCCGGGCUGGGCAGACCCGAUAGCCCUAUACACCUUGCGCACGACCUUUAUUCUCCGAAAGUAUCUGUCUGUGCUGGACACGCCGCUGACAGUCCUCCUGUCCUUGUUCUCGCGCAAGAAGGCAGGAUCUACGCCUACGCCGCUCAUGUUUGUCAGUGGUCCGCUCGCGUACGGCAGAGCCCAGCGAGCCAUGACCCAUGCGCAUAAGAGUCAAAUGGUGUGGUUUCGCUGGGGCUGGAUAGGAUUGAGCCGGUAUAUGGUUGUCAACGAUUUGAAUAAGGAGCGCGUUAUUUAGCACCGUACUCUUGCUCCGUUGAAAACUCUUAUUUGUAUCCAUUUGAACAGUAGAUAGGGUUCGAAAAGUUCUAUACC